AACCAUUGGUUUCAAAAUAAAGAAUGGAAUUUCGGUAUUCGCUUGUUGUGGAAAUACGGUCACCUUGGCUGACAAGCGAGGAAAAUUAUUUAUAUUUUAGAAUCCACGACGCUUCUUAUACGCAAAAAUUGUGUCAAAAUAUUGCAGUUUGCACAUCAAAUUGCGACGCUCAAAUGUCCCUCAGUGGCGGCCAACGCGGGCUAAUUUUGUGCGCAAUUGGUGGCCAACAAAAUGGUGUUAACACGGCAACCAAAUGAAUUGAUCAUAAAAAUAUAAGAGCAGCAGCACCGCGGCCAUCAUCAACAAAAAAGCAAAAAAACGCGAACGAAAACCACGAAACUGCGAUUUGUGUUGCACAGCAAGCCCAAUAAGGCUUUGCUUUUCCAUAAUAUAAUGUGCAAAAUGCAUUUCCAAAAGUGAAACACAUAGAGCUGAAAAUACAACAAAAAAAAGUAAAAGAAAAGCAAAGCAGCAAAAUUGCUGCCGCUGCUUUAGCGGUGGUGGUGCAAAAAGAACAUAAAAUCGGUGGCAAGAAGAAGAGCCGCCAAGUGAGAAAAAGUGAAAUAAAAAACAACGCUCUCUUGUUCGCGGUUUGUCGCGCGAAUCCACCGAAAUCAAUUUAUAAUCAUAUCAAAAAUCUAUAAUAUAGAAAAACAAAAAAAAAGGGAAAUAAAGAAAAAAUACUCGUCACAACAAUUAAAAACAACGUGCGCGUUGCCGCCGCAGCAUUUGCAUUGCUCUACUAGCUGCUGUUAUUUAUGCUACUGCUGCAGGUGCUUCAACUACAACAACAAUUACAAUAAGAAGCAGAAAUAGAAGAAGAAGGAGAACAUCAGCAAGCAGAACAACAACAACAAUAGUGACUACUAUCAACGUCCAUUGGCGCUGACGGCAGACAACGCGUAGAGUUGCCAGCUCCGUUGAAUAUAUUACGCUUGUCGCAUUGGCGACAUUUUCGAAAUUUCUUAAAUUUGCAGCAUGCUUUGGAUUCAACUGAAUUGGCUACAACUCUAUUAACUUGCCCCGCCACGACCCCUCCUAAGAGUCAACCUUAAUUUUAAUCAGAAGCGUCGCGAUCAGCCAACGAUCGACGACGCUAUUUAGAUAGGAAAUUUCGUUCGCUCCCCCGUAGUUAAAGAAAAGCUGCCACCAUUCGGAAGAAAAACACUUCGAAUAUGACCCACAAUAUCGGUAUGGCGCCAUAUCGUAUGCCGGGUCCAUCGGGCGGUCUAUGUCCGCCCGAUUUUAAGCCACCGCCACCUACGGAUAUCAUCUCGGCGCCGAGUAAUCCCAAGAAGCGGCGGAAAACCUCUAAUGCCGCUGCCAAUUCAGCUGCUGCUGCGGCAGCGGCGGCUGCAGCUGCCGCGGCCGCCGCUGCCAAUUCCAUGCAACAACAACAGCAACAACAACAGCAAUCGGCGCCACCAACCCCACAAGAUCUUUUGCCACCGCCGCCCAUGGGUGGUUUUGGUGAUACAAUCAUCGCAUCCAAUCCAUUCGAUGAUAGUCCCCAGGUUUCAGCGAUGUCUAGCUCUGCAGUCGCUGCCAUGGCGGCCAUGAAUCAAAUGGGCGGCGGCGGUGGACCCGGAGGACCAGGUGGCCCCGGUCCCGGUGGCCACUUUGGCGGCGGAGGACCGCAUGGCCAUUGGGAGGAGCGCAUGGGCAUGGGCAUGCAUCCGCAUAUGCAUCCGCAUGCGCAUCCUCAUUCACAUCCACAUCAUCCAGGCCAUGGGCCGCCGCCACCGCCGCAUCAUAUGGGUGGCCCGCCGUCAAUGCGGGGAAUGAGUCCGCUGGGACCGCAUCCGCAUGGUUUGGGACCUGGAGUUGGAUUACCACCGCACAUGAAUCAUGGACGAGGCGGAGGAGUCCCGAUGGGCAGCCCUAUGGGCGCCAUGGCAGGCAUGGGCGGCAUGAGUCCCAUGGGCAACAUGGGCGGACCAAGCAUAUCACCGCAUCACAUGGGCAUGGGUGGACUAUCGCCCAUGGGCGGCGGACCAAAUGGACCGAAUCCGCGUGCCAUGCAGGGAUCACCAAUGGGCGGCGGUCCUGGUGGCGGUGGCGGACCGUUGCCUGGCCAGAACUCGCCUAUGAACUCACUGCCAAUGGGCUCUCCGAUGGGCAAUCAAAUUGGAAGCCCGUUGGGGGGACCAGGACCUGGUCAACAGCAAGGACCACAACAGCAGCAGCAACAGCCACAAAACCCGCAACAGACGCACAUGAACAAUGGACAGAUGGGCCCGCCGCCUUUGCACAGUCCACUGGGCAAUGGACCCAGCAAUCACAGUCACAUGUCGCAGGGUGGCCCUGGGCCGGGUCCGGGUCCAGGAGGACCUGGUGGUUUAGUUGGACCCGGUGGCAUGUCACCGGCAAACAGUAACAACAACAUGAACAGCAACAACAACCAGAAUAAUAAUGGAAGUAAUGCCAAUAAUAGCAACAACAAUCAAAAUCCCCAUCCACAUUUGUCCCCACAUGCAGCGUCCGCUGGACGUUUGGGCCCAAUGCAAUCCAAUGGUCCUAUGUUGCCAGCCACAUCGACGGCGACGUCAGCGUCAGUAGUUGGACCUGGUGGAGCAGCGUCGUCAGCGACAUCAGCAACAACGACGACGACAUCGUCAACAGCAGCCGCCGCAGCAGCAGCAGCGACCACGUCAGUGCCUACGUCUUCACCAGCACCGCCCGCCAUGUCACCGCACCAUGCGCUUAAUAGCGCUGGUCCAAGUCCUGGCAUGCCAAAUUCAGGACCCAGUCCGCUGCAAUCACCGGCGCUCAGCGGCGGCUCUGGCGGCAACAACACCAACAACAAUGGACCCAUGAUGGGUCAGCAGAUGAACCCAAAUGUUCCUAUGCAGCAGCAACAACACCAGCAACACCAACAACAGCAACACGGCCCCAUGGGCGACCGGGUCCUGGGACCUGGACCUGGCAUGGGCAUGAAUCAAAUGCUGCCGCCACAGCAGCCACCGCAUCUAGGCGGCCCGCCUCAUCCGCAGCUCAUGAACCAUCCGCAUUCGCAUCCACAUUCGCACCCGCAACAUCCGCAUCAUCCACAUCCCGGCGGCCCACCACCACAUCAUAUGAUGGGAGGCCCCGGACCAGGCAUGCAUGGCGGCCCCGUGGUCCGGGGCGGCAUGCCACCGCAUAUGGGCGGUGGUGGCGGCAAUCCGCAUAUGAUGGGACCGCAUGGCAAUGCUGGUGGUCCCCACAUGGGCCACGGGCAUAUGGGCGGUGUACCGGGACCAGGGCCUGGUCCGGGCGGAAUGAAUGGUCCGCCACCGCAUCAUGGAAUGCCACCUCACCACGCAGCACACAACCAUCCACAUCAUCAUGGCCACGGACACAGUCCGAUGGGUGGACCAAAUAUGUUUGGUGGCGGCGUCGGCGGUCCAAUGGGACCCGGUCCCGGCCACAUGGGCAAUAUGGGUGGCGGCGGCGGUGGACCAAUGGGUCCUGGCGGUCCCAUGGGCAACAUGGUCGGACCGGGCGGUCCGAUGGGCAAACCGAUGACGAUGAGCGGUGGGAAAAUGUAUCCGCCGGGUCAACCAAUGGUCUUCAAUCCGCAGAAUCCAAAUGCGCCGCCCAUUUAUCCAUGUGGCAUGUGUCACAAGGAGGUGAACGACAACGAUGAGGCAGUCUUCUGUGAAUCCGGUUGUAAUUUUUUCUUUCACAGAACAUGUGUCGGCUUAACGGAGGCGGCCUUUCAAAUGCUCAACAAGGAGGUGUUUGCUGAGUGGUGCUGUGACAAGUGUGUGUCUUCCAAGCAUAUACCCAUGGUCAAGUUCAAGUGCUGAAGCAGCCCAUCAACCGCAAUUGCAACCACAACCACAACCGCAACCAAUAACAACAACACAUAGAACAACAACCACCAGCUAGCACUCAUUCACUCUGUAUAAAUAUAUCCAAGCAUUAACUAUUUUAAUUGUAGUCUUUAAGGCAAAAGAUAGAGAGAGCGAGAUUAGGGUUCCACAUCAUCAUAAUCAUCAUCAUAUACAUACAUAGAGAUAUGUGUGAGCUCAAUAAUAGUCAAAGGUCCCCAACGAAAUCAAAUCAAUCAAUCUUUAAGCGACGACUCAACUAACAUGGCCGAAGCACAGUGUUGUGACUUCUUCUAAAGCUUCGGCCUCCGCUCAAGACGCGCAUCCUUAAACAACAAACAAUACAAAAAAGAAACAAAAAAAAAAAACAAACAAAAAUCAAA